AUGUCCUCCAACAACGGCAUCGGCGGCUCGUCGCUGUCAACACCCAGUUCGGGCUCGAGCUCGACAGGCAAGACUCCUAUACCGCCAGAUACCGCGAACGCCGUCGAACUGAACACCAUGAAGCCCAUCGGAGUUGCAGAGGCGAUUGGGUUGGAGAUGGAUAUAAUGCAGCUGGCUAGGCUUGGUGAAAUAGCUGCGAUCAAGGAACUUUUCGAUAGUGGGAAGCAUGAUAUUAGCUACCGUGACGAGGAGGGCAUCACCCCAUUACAUUGGGCCGCUAUCAAUAAUCGCUACGAGCUUUGCAAGUUUCUUCUCGAUUCCGGAGCCGAUGUCAAUGCGAAAGGCGGCGAGUCGGUAGCCACACCUGCCAUGUGGGCUGCACAGAGAUGUCACCACUAUAUCGUCCACCUCUUACUUCAGUACGGAGCAGAUCCCCUCUUGACAGAUAUCCAGGGAUUCAAUAUCAUGCACCUUGCUACUAUCGAUGGGAACUCAUUCCUCCUGGUCCUCCUGCUCCAUCAGGAGAUCCCGGUUGACAUCGCUGACCCUCAGGGUCAUACGGGCCUCAUGUGGGCGGCUUACAAAGGGUUUCCCGCCUGUGUUGAUGUCUUCCUUCGAUGGGGUGCUGAUGUCAAUGCAACUGAUGAAGGAGGCCUUUCGCCUCUCCACUGGGCUUUGGUUAAGGGGUCUAGUGGUUGUGUGCAAAAGAUAAUAGAGUACGGCGCGGACAGAUUCGCGGAAACAAAGGAAGGGAAAACCCCGUCGACUGUUGCAGAUGAGAUGAAGACGACUCAUAUAUGGCAUCAUGCGCUAGGAGAAUGUGGCUAUAAACCUGAUGGUAGCAGUUCAGCUGUGCCGUCCGUCAUUGGACAAAUGUUGCGGUCAUCGUUAUAUAUGUCCAGGUUUUACUUUCUCCUACCGUUCGUUUCAUUACCUGCUGUUGUCACCAUUUUGAGUUCUCUGUCGAUAUAUGUCUCUAUUUUUGCGACUCUUUUAUUUAUGUUCGGUGUUCAUUUGCUUAUAAAAUGGGUUUCAAAGAGAGGCCCGUUGGAUUUUAGAGUACUUCAGAGAACGGCGUUUCCGGCGGGGGUUUUUUCAGCAUCUGCAUUCUGGGUUGCUUUACGAUGGUUGCACGUUAUCCUACCUAAUACCUACUCUUCUUCCCUUUUUCUAAAUUUAAUAUUUCUCGCUUUGUUUGCAUUCAUGACCUACUUUUACACGUAUGCUAUGAUUGAAGAUCCUGGGUUUGUCCCAAAGCUUAGCAGCAGGAAUGAGCAGAAAGCUAUCAUCACGGACCUUAUCAACGAUUGGAGCUACGACGAGGACCAUUUUUGUGUGCCUUGUAUGAUCAGGAGACCACUGAGAAGCAAACAUUGCAGGCGAUGCAAGCGCUGUGUAUCGAAACAGGACCACCAUUGCCCUUGGAUAAACAACUGUGUUGGGAACAAUAACUUCCGCCAUUUCAUGCUUUAUCUUAUCUUGUUACUUCUCGGGAUUGUUGCCUAUAUUCGAUUGGUCUUCCUGUAUUAUUCUGCCAUUGUCCCGGGUGGCGUGAAAACGACGUGUAAUCUCAUCUCGCCAUGGCUAUGCAACGUGGUUGAAUCGGACACCUACACUUUUGUUCUAACUAUUUGGACCUCACUCCAGCUUAUCUGGGUAACGAUGCUGACCCUCGUACAGCUCUAUCAGAUAUCCAGAGGAACGACUACUUUUGAAGUCAUGAGAGGCCAUGGACAUGGUUUUAGCCACAGAACUCCUGCCUCUGCAAGCCAGGCUGCAUCAACGGUUGGAAGUAAUAAGCACUCACAUGGAUCCUGCUUCUCCAAGUGGAAGAGCUUAUUUGGGCUUGAUGCAUUUAUGGCUGCUGCCCAAGACGGGCUGAAGGAGGGCCAGAGCCAUAGAAGGCAACAAAACCCGUUUUCACAUGGUCUUGUUCGCAACUGUCAAGACUUCUGGUGCGAUCCCGCACCAUAUUUUGGUACGCGUCAAGCUGGAAACUCAAUGCUUGGAGGGAAGGUUGUGAACUACUACAAAAUGUACGAUGCGGAGCUUCUGGAGUAUUCAGACGGCCGAGUCUAG